UCUUUUCUAACCAAGGGAGGCGCACUAGUCCGCAUAUAUAGAGGCUGCGCGGCUCCGGGGUUAGCCAAACCAGUUCUGCACCAUGGGGAAGAGGCAACCGAGUGCAGCAGCAGCUGCUCCCAACUGUGAGCUAAAAUCCUAUUCUAAGAACACAGACACUCAGGUAUCUACCAUGGUGUUGGAUCCUGAAGAAAAGACGCCAGAUGAUGGCGCUUCUGGAGACCAUGGAGACUCUGCCAGUCUUAGUACCAUCAACCCUGCCUACAGUAACUCCUCCCUCCCACAGUCCACUGGGGACUCAGAGGAUCCCUUCACCACCUACUUUGAUGAGAAGAUCCCCAUUCCUGAGGAGGAGUACUCCUGUUUUAGCUUUCGUAAACUCUGGGCGUUCACGGGACCUGGCUUUCUUAUGAGCAUUGCCUACCUGGAUCCAGGGAACAUCGAAUCGGAUUUGCAGUCUGGAGCAGUGGCUGGAUUUAAGUUGCUCUGGGUGCUCCUGCUGGCCACCAUCGUGGGGCUGCUGCUCCAGCGCCUUGCAGCUAGACUCGGAGUGGUCACCGGCUUGCAUCUUGCUGAAGUGUGUCACCGUCAGUAUCCCAAGGUCCCACGGAUCAUCUUGUGGCUGAUGGUGGAGUUGGCUAUCAUCGGUUCUGAUAUGCAGGAAGUCAUUGGCUCGGCCAUCGCCAUCAAUCUCCUCUCUGUAGGAAGGGUUCCCCUGUGGGGUGGAGUUCUCAUCACCAUCGCAGAUACUUUUGUAUUUCUCUUUUUGGACAAAUAUGGCUUGCGGAAGCUGGAAGCAUUUUUUGGGUUUCUCAUCACUAUUAUGGCCCUCACAUUUGGAUAUGAGUAUGUUACAGUGAAGCCCAGCCAGAGCCAAGUGCUCAGGGGCAUGUUCGUGCCGUCCUGUUCAGGCUGCAGCACUCCACAGAUUGAGCAGGCUGUGGGCAUCGUGGGAGCUGUCAUCAUGCCACACAACAUGUACCUGCAUUCUGCCUUAGUCAAGUCUAGACAGGUCAACCGGGCCAAUAAGCGGGAAGUCCGAGAAGCCAACAAGUACUUCUUCAUUGAGUCCUGCAUUGCCCUCUUUGUCUCCUUCAUCAUCAAUGUCUUCGUCGUCUCCGUCUUUGCUGAAGCAUUUUUUGGAAAAACCAAUGAGCAGGUGGUUAAUGUCUGUAGAAACAGCAGCAGCCCCCAUACUGACCUCUUUCCUAAUGACAACUCAACUCUGGCUGUGGACAUCUACAAAGGGGGUGUUGUGCUUGGAUGUUACUUCGGGCCUGCAGCACUCUACAUCUGGGCAGUGGGGAUCCUGGCUGCAGGGCAGAGCUCCACCAUGACAGGAACCUAUUCCGGCCAGUUUGUCAUGGAGGGAUUCCUGAAUCUCAGAUGGUCACGCUUUGCCCGAGUGAUUCUGACGCGCUCUAUUGCCAUCAUUCCCACGCUGCUUGUUGCUGUCUUCCAAGAUGUAGAGCAUCUGACAGGGAUGAAUGACUUCCUGAAUGUUCUGCAGAGCUUACAGCUUCCCUUUGCUCUCAUUCCCAUCCUCACAUUGACAAGCCUGCGGCCAGUAAUGCAUGAGUUUUCCAAUGGAAUAGGCUGGAGGAUCGCUGGCGGGAUCUUGGUCCUUCUCGUCUGCUCCAUCAACAUGUACUUUGUAGUGGUGUAUGUCCAGGAACUAGGGCACGUGGCACUGUAUGUGGUGGCUGCCGUGGUUAGCGUGGCUUAUCUGUGCUUUGUGUUCUACUUGGGUUGGCAAUGUUUGAUUGCAUUGGGCCUAUCUUUCCUGGACUGUGGGCACACGGUAAGCAUCUCUAAGGCCCUGCUGAGCGAAGACACCAACGGCGGCAAUACUAAGUAAACACUGGGUCAGUCUGUCUGUCUUUGCAGGGAGCCAUCAGAGCCAGUGUGUUUCUAUGGUUUACUGUGUGAACAUAGCCACGAGUAUGUGCUGUUGCACAGACUGCAUUUAGGACUCAACUGUUAGUUGGGAAACACUUUGUUUUGUGUAUGUUUUGAGGUCUUUGUUUUGUUUUUGUGAGAUAGGAUCUUGCUAUGAAACGCUAGGUAGCCCAAAACUCACUAUAUAGCCCAGGCUGCCCUCAGACUUACGGCAAUCCUGUCUCAACCUCCUGAGUGCUGGGCUUAUUAUAGGCAUGCACUACCAUGCCUGGCUUUUCCCAUGUGUGCUUACAAGAUGAUUCUUUCUGGCAGGGAUGGAUGUCACCCCGUACGUAGCAUUAGGCAGUCCCUGGAAAAAGUGACACUUGAGCCAUUUUAAACACUAAGUCCCUAAGUAGCUGUCCAAGGGCCAAUAGUGCUCUAUCAUUUUGAGAGCAAAUUCUCUACAUGAAUAUUAACCAGACUCUGUUCUUAAAACUGUAUGAAUUAGGGAUAUAGUAAACUGCAAUUAUGUUUUUCAUUAGGUGAAUUAAGGGUAUAGUAGCUCUGGGCAUGCAAAUUUUAUCAAAAGAUAGUGGAUGUUGAAAGAUGGAAAAAAUGCUUUUAUGCUCCCUUUCAAAUUAUUUUAAUUAUGAAAAACCCAACUAGAGUGAUGCCAUCCAUUUGAACUACAAAAUUAGAGACAGCUACCUUCUUUGAGUUCAGGACUUGUUUAUUUAUUUGUUUGUUUGCUUUCCAAGAUGGGGUUUCUGUGUAGCCCUGGCAGUCCUGAAACUCACUCUGUAGACCAAGCUGGCCUUGAACUCAGAGAUCUGCCUGCCUCUGCCUCCCAAGUGCUUGGACUAAAAGUGUGUGCCACCACUGCCCCUCUAAGUUCGUGAUUUUUUUAUUUCUACUUUUAAUUUCUCAGUGGAAACUAAGAAGGGUAGGAGGCAUAAAAGGUGGACGUGGACAGACGGUCCACCUGCAGGGAGUUGCUCAUCACCUCCAGGUUUUCCUUACCGUGCAAGCUUAGCCCCGAGGUUAUAGCUUUCAUGUUACUACCCAGGGUUCCUGAUAGUGUUUAAUCGUGAGUACGUACAAUCAUCAAAUCUUUGCCGUCCUCUUGUAAGAGGGAGGCGUGAGCAGAAGAGGGUAGCCUUCGUGAGCUGACGUGCCCAUGAGACACGGGACUCGGAGUGGUCAGAGAGCUAACUGCGCUCUUCCCCAAGCCACCCUUCACCACAUCAUGUCUCGGACACACCAGUUUCAUGUCCAGGAUGACUCACAAGGCACUCAGGAGCUCUGGACUAACCUUUGCAAAGUCAGUAGGUGUCACUGUGGUUGUGAAGUUCCCUCCCUGCAAGAUGGGACUGGUUCCCUCCGAGAGAAAAUCUCAGAGACCAGACGGUGAAGCUCUGGAACCUUCAGCACGGAACUGCUACUCUCACCUGAGGCUCUUGUGACCCUUACACCAGAGCCGCCUCAGGAGUCUGUCAGACCCCAUCUGCUGGGGUCGGGUGUGGUCAUUGUCUUGGUGGCGGUGGGAAUGAGAGUGGCUUUGAAGGACGUCCUCGUCUUUGAAGCCUUCCUUCUAGCGAGCUGUUGACAGAUGGUGUUGGCUCGUCUGCGCCCGAGUGGCAUUAUUACUAGCAUUUUACACACAGUCAAAUCUCAACAUGGACACAUUCUUCAUAAGGCAUAAAAAAAAUUUGGUAAAUUGCUGUUUUACUCACCCUACCUUGGCCUUAGCCCCUCAACUAAUACAAAAUCAUAGGUGACAGGUCCCUACCGCGGUGAUUCUCAACCUGUGGGUCAGGACCCCUUUGGCAAGCCUCUGUCUCCAAAAACAUAUUUGCUUACAAUUCAUAACAACAGUAAAGUGACAGUUAUGAAGUAGCAAUGACAAUAAUUUUAUGUUGGGGACCAUCACAGCAUGAGGAACUGUAUUAAAGGGUCACAGCAUCAGGAAGGUUGAGAACCGCUGGCCUACAGGGUCCUUCUCACACCUCUCGCUUCUGCCGCCAUUGUUCCUGAAGCUGACCUGAAGCUUGGUGCCUGAAGAUCUGGAGACUGAGCUUGGAAACUUUGUGGGCUGUAGUAUGUGAAGGCCAGACUGAUGGCAAACAGAACUUCCUACAAAGAUGCUGUCCCAAUGUUUACAUUUGUCCCUCAGGGCAGGGUGUAUCCAGAGUCACAAAUAUUGAUAGUCCAGCCCAAAGCUGCUAGGGAUGGAGCACUGGUGUGUGCUAGGCAAGGCCUCUGCUGCGGGUCUUACUUCCCUGCCCUAGAGUUCUUCCGUGUUAUGCUUGUUUACACUGAUGGAAGGUUUCACCAUAGUCAGAUGGUUCUUUCUAAUUCUACGACUAUACUAUUUUACAGCGUCAUUUGGUUAUCACCGAGGUGUACUUCUAACAGUACUCUGUCCAGUAAACAGUGUGUAAAAAUUUCUAGUCUCCGUGCCAGUGUGGUUCUGGCUGUGUGUUUGUGAGCUGUCUGUACUUUCUCUAACUGGUCCUUGUUCUCACGUGACAUGAAGUAACUGUACUGCUUCAGGGCACUGGAAGCUCUCAGGCUGGGGCAUGGCUACGGUUGGCGUAGGAGAUCUUGCCAGGACUGUAGGAAGUAGCUACAACUAGGCUUUUAGUGAACCGUUAACGGCUUGUAAACUUGAUUUGUAAUUUAAAAAAAAAGAAAAAAGAAAAAAAGAAAAACUUCCCUUUU